AUGGAGCACGCAAGGCUUUGGCGUGACACCAAGUCGGGAAAUCGAUUGUCAAGGCAAGCCGAGAUUCUCGGAGGUGAAAAAAUAGUUAUGGGGGGUAUGUGCGUGGUGUCAGAAAAUUGCAGACUACUUGGAAAUGUAAAAAUGCAAAACGAAUGUAAAGAAGCGAUUUCAAUGGGUACCUUUUGCAUCGUCGAGCAGCUCUGCCUCCUCGAGCCUCCCCAAGUUGCCGUCAAGAAGAAAGUUGCCGUCAAGAAUAAAGAUCCCGAAGGCAUGAUGAGCGGUACAUCACUUCACAAGACGCUGACGAUGGGUUCGUUUGUUUUAGUGGGGCGCAGUAGCGAGGUUCGUUGCCGACGAAUAGGCCGAAGAGUUAUAGUGGGAUCUUGUUGUAUCCUUUCUCGUGGUUGUGAGUUGGGCGAUGUUGUAAUAGUCGAACCAAACGUGACGAUACCGGAAUCGUGUAAAGUACCCCAUUUCACGCUCGUGAAGCAACAUCCAGAGUUUCCUAACAGCAUUCAAUUUAUACCUUUACCCGGGAGCAUCAAAAAGUGUAUCGAAAAUUGGUGUAAGGAGGCAUAUUUGGGCAUCUCCGUCGACAUGAGUAAAAUAGUGACGGACCUGCAGAGCAAUGGCUCGCCGUGA